AUGGGAUAAUGAUAUUGACACUUAAGAAACAGAAAAUAAAAUAAGAAAGCUGAGAUAUUUAUUUGAUUGAAACAAUGCUGGUGGCACCUGAGAAUCCAAGGAAUGCAUAGUUAGCACUAAUGAGCAUCGUAGAACCAAUGACUCUUUAAAAGCCAACAAAUUUGAGAAGAAAAAUAAUCCUCAAUAAGAACCCAUUUCGUGAAUUGGAAUCAAAACCCAUACCCAUUUUAUUAAUCGAAAUGGAUAUGCAAAAGUAACAUACACCCAGUUCCCCAAAGGCCCGAAUGAAUCAAAACCUAAAUCAAACCAAAGGAUGAAAAGAAAUUGAACCCACACUUUAACAGUUCCUUGAGGGGUACCCUUCUUGUUGAUAUCAUACCCAAACAAGCUGCGCCUCAGAACAUAUCUAGAAGCUACGGGUAUCAUCUUGAGAGUAACAAAGAAGCCAACAAGACUGAGUCCAGAAUUGAUAAGGAUCGAUCUCUUCAACUCUUCUUCGAUCUUGUAAUGGUAGAAGAGGAGGUAAAAGUAUGGGAUUGACAAUAAAAGAGAAAGCUUCACGAUUACUCCCCAUUUUGGCGGCGCGAUGCAGAUCAGAAGAGGACUCGGAGAGCUCGUACCAAAAGAGGAAGAUAUGCGAGGCCGAGCUGGAGAAGAGGGAGAAGGAGGUCGAGGAGGCAGAGAAGGUGGUGGCUGAGUUGGAGCUCAAGGUUCAUAACUCAGUUGAAGAGCAUGUGGAGGGGUUCUUGAAAUCCAGCACCUUCGAGGAUAUCGUCAACCUCUAUCGCCUUCCUACUGCCAUUGUGGCUUUCUCUGACUGCCGGAAGAAGGUAAAAGUGGAAUAUCCUGAUGUCGAUGUGACGAAGGUUACCUUCGGAGAGCAGGAAGGGGAGGUGGAGGAAAAUGGGGAGAGCAGUACUGCUGACUUCCGCCCGGAGAUAACACUGAAGUGGGAGAAGGACAGCAGGGGUCAAACCAUUUUGCCUCCCAAGUUCAGUUUUGAAUUUGUGGUGGUGGAUGAGGGAGACGAGGGUGACGAGGUCACUGAAGGUGCUGAGAAGUCAACUGAAGGUGUUGACCAACCGAGCCAGCCUGCGGAUGACCCCGAGCAGCCUUCGACCAACCCGGACCAGACUACUGACUAGAUUCGGCCUUGGCCCCUUGGGUUUUUUUUUUUUUUUUUUUUUUUUUUUUUGAAAUAUUCUUUGUAAACGAUUAGAAAUUAAUGGAAUGAAUUUGAUUCUUUUUUACUGUUUUUGGAUGUGAUCCGAAAUGGGAGAGGUUAAAAUAACAUUAUUAAUACAAUCAAGUUUGAAGU